UCCUCACCACAUGGUGGCGCUAGAGCAGCAAUCCGCUGUUUGCUGACCGCCAAUAAACACCAAGAAGUCUGAUUUCCGCUACCAGCAGCUAGCUGCUGUUUCCAUUGUUUGCUGCUGGACGCUUUCACAGCUUCCCACCAUCCGAACCGCUCGGUCCACAACCAACCACACCCAACCAGGAUCCAGUCCAGCAGGCGUCCCGGUUCCGACUGACCGCUGGAUCCGCUCCAGAACCCGGAGGAGAAGCGGGACUCCCCCACGGCUCGGAGCUGGAAGCUGCACCGGGGUGCGGCUCAGAACAUCUCUACCAAGACCUCCGGCUGAAGAAUCAGAACAUCUGAAGACCAGAGAGGUUCUGUAGAUUAUCAGGCUGGAGCAGAAUGGAGGAGAACGAAGAGGUGAAAGCAGAGAUGGAAGAGGAGAUGUAUGGGAUGAAGAUUGUGGUGAAGGAGGAGAAUCAUGAGACGAUGAUUGGGGUGAAGGAGGAGGAGAUUGAGGAAGUUAAAGUUGAGGAGGACCUGGAGGAAUACCAGGACCGAGAACCGGACCACUACAGUCUGAGCACCUCAAACUGGACCGACCCAGUCACAUCCUCUGAUCCCUCUGAUCUACAGGAACACGAAGAGCAUCGUCAGACUGAUGGAGCCCUCACCAAAGCAGCUAAAGGACCAGCUCGUCGUCAGACUGGGGAAAGGAAAUACAGCUGUGACCAGUGUGGAGCAACCUUUCAAACUAAACCCAAUUUAAACAGACAUCAACGAAUCCACACUGGAGAGAGACCUUACAGAUGUGAUCAGUGUGGAGCAACUUUUCAGACCAAAUAUAGCUUAAUGGUACAUCAGCGGAGCCACACUGGAGAGAGACCAUACAGCUGUGACCAGUGUGGAGCGACAUUUAAAACUAAAUCUAGUUUAAUGACGCAUCACUGGAUCCACACCGGAGAGAGACCAUACAGCUGUAACCAAUGUGGAGCAACUUUUCAAAUGAAAUCUAGUUUAAAGAUGCAUCAACGUGUCCACACUGGAGAGAGACCAUUCGUCUGUGACCAGUGUGGAGCAACUUUUCAAAGUAAACCUAAUUUGAAGAGGCAUCAACUAAUCCACACUGGAGAGAGACCAUUCAGUUGUGACCAGUGUGAAGCCAGUUUUAAAACAAAAUCUAGUUUAUUGGUGCAUCAACGGAUCCACACUGGAGAGAAACCAUACAGCUGUGAUUGGUGUGGGAAAAGCUUUGCUAAAAAAUACACUUUGGAUGCUCACAGACGAACGCACACCGGAGAACAGCCGUACUGGUGUGAACUGUGUGGAAAACUCUUUAGUAUGAAAUCAAAUUUAAAGUCACAUCAGCAAACUCACUGCAACUGAAGAGGACCUGUGCAGCUUUUCAGUCAAUUUUGAGGGAAAUGUUAGCUGUGUUGUAAAAGCGGAUUAGGACUUUAAUUUUUGCAAUUAAUUUGUGUUGUAAAUGGUAUCAAUGAGCACUUAUGAGCCAUUACUUUGACCAUCAGACUUUUUACUUCUGAAAUGUACAACAACAGGGGACACUGCUCGUUUCAAAGCAGCCACAGAGGCAAACACAUGGUUGAACCUUGAUGCAUGCGUCUGUGGACACAGGAACACCUGGGCACGACAUAACCCAGGCUAAAGUUAGCGAUAGAACCUGAAUGCUGACUCAAAAUGGGCUAAUUGUAAGUUACACCUAAUCACUGAUAUUCACUCAGACAAGAGGUUGAAGUUUAGUCUGACCAUCAUUCAGGUCAUCAUGAGGAACAGAGAGUUCUGGCUUUCACCCUAAGAGACAGUUAAAGUUUAAAGCUCUGGCUGUGAUAGAAAACAGUAGCGUCUCUCUAAGCUUCUAUGUAAGGGUUCUACAAACUUUAGACAGGUUUGUUCCACAAAGUUUGUUCUAGAUCAGAGCAUAGGAACUAAAUGCUGCUUCUCCAUGUCUGGUUCUGGUUCUGGUUCUGGUUCUGCAGAGCA